AUGGGGAACGCAACAGCUUUGGGAAGGUGGACCUUAGGGUUGAUACUUUUAGUGGUUGUGAUAAUAGUUUGGGUUGCCUCUUCGUUUUUGCUAUCAUUUAUGUUUGAGGAUGGGACCUAUUGGAAGCCAUACUUGGUUACAUAUAUUAAUACUAUGUCCUAUAGUGUACUGCUUUUGCCAUUUGGAGUGCGAGCAUUAAUAAGAUCCCGCCGUAGUUUGAGUGCCAUUAGGCCUGGAUCGCUAGAAGCGCAGGUGGACAAGGGUCGGGAGACUUUAGCAUUGGCGAGUGAGUUUACUGGACGCAAGAAUAAGAGAUUUGAUGAUGUGAGAGGAUACACGCGUUUGACGAUUGUUCAAACAGCACGCUUGAGUGCUGAAUUUUUCUUUUUGACGUUUCUUGCCAAUCUGGUGACAAAUGCGUCCCUCGGAUAUUCUUCAGUAGCGUCUCAGACAAUUAUGUCCUCAACUUCGUCGCUAUUUACCCUAUUUUUGGGUGUUCGGUUCCACAUUGAAUCUGCAAGCAGGGCUAAGAUAGCUGGAGCAGUGAUUUCCUUUGCAGGCAUAGUACUUGUGACCCAAUCGGACGUCUUUGGUACAGCGGUUAAUGGACUUAAAGAUAGCGCUGGGGCCAACGUUGAUGCCGAAAACGGGUUUUGGAAUAGAGCUGAUGUACGCAUUCUCUUUGGUAACCUGCUGGCUCUCUUAGGUGCUUUCAUAUAUGGGCUGUACACCACAAUUCUGAAAUUAAGGGUUAAGCAUGUUUCGCGCUUGAAUAUGAACUUAUUCCUAGGUUUUGUCGGUUUAUAUACGCUUGUUCUGCUUUGGCCAGUAAUCAUAAUCCUUCAUGUACUUAAAUGGGAGACAUUUGAGUUCCCUCAUGGCUCUAAACUGAUUUGGGUCUUUACUGCAAAUAUUGUCAUCAACCUUGCUGCAGAAUACUGCUGGGCUAAAUCAAUGUUGCUGACUUCUCCUAUGACAGUCACUGCUGGAUUAAGCGCAACUAUACCAUUGGCAAUGCUCGGAGACUUUAUACUAAACGGUAAACCGAUGACCCUAUCGUAUUUGAUAGGGUCCGCAAUGAUAUUUGGCUCCUUUAUCGCUAUCAGCACAGCAUCUCAUAAUGACCCUGUUCUACUUAAACUCGAGAACUCUCAAGAAGCUCCAUAUACCACCAUGUUGCAUGUCUCGUGA